UUCAGAGAUGGGCUCUCUAUAAUGCUUUGGUUAUGAAGAAAGAAAGACUGCUGAAUUGUUUUGCAAUGGAGAAGACAGAGGGAGAAACACCAGCAUUGUGGCUCCCACCCGGUUGCUCAUCUCCCUGCGGACAUGUGUCCCAAAUCCUCUCUGUGCUGUAUUAAGGAAAGGAAAAGCUUAGACAUUACUCCGUCUGCUUUCUUACAUCAUCUUUUCCAAUUUUGCAUCCUAUAACUCCCUGGUAAAAAGAAGAACAAUGACUUUACAUAGCUGCUGCUUCAUCCUUUUGCUAUUUACCUGGAACGCAGCUGCCUAUGGGCCAAACCAACGGGCACAGAAGAAGGGAGACAUUAUUCUUGGAGGAUUGUUCCCCAUUCAUUUUGGUGUGGCUGCUAAAGACCAGGAUCUAAAAUCAAGACCAGAAUCAGUGGAGUGUAUAAGGUAUAAUUUCCGAGGCUUCCGCUGGCUCCAGGCUAUGAUCUUUGCCAUAGAAGAAAUAAACAGUAGCCCAACUCUCCUUCCCAACAUGACCCUAGGAUACAGGAUAUUUGACACUUGCAAUACAGUCUCUAAAGCACUCGAGGCUACACUGAGUUUUGUGGCCCAGAACAAGAUAGACUCCUUGAACCUGGAUGAAUUCUGCAACUGCUCAGAACAUAUCCCUUCCACCAUUGCAGUCGUGGGGGCAACUGGCUCUGGCAUCUCUACUGCUGUGGCCAAUCUGCUGGGACUCUUUUACAUACCUCAGGUCAGCUACGCCUCAUCAAGUCGUCUCUUGAGCAACAAGAACCAAUUCAAGUCCUUCCUACGCACAAUCCCCAAUGAUGAGCAUCAGGCCACGGCGAUGGCAGACAUCAUCGAGUACUUUCGCUGGAACUGGGUGGGAACAAUUGCAGCUGACGAUGACUAUGGCCGGCCAGGGAUUGAAAAGUUUCGGGAGGAGGCGGAGGAGAGAGACAUCUGCAUUGAUUUUAGCGAGCUCAUCUCCCAGUACUCAGAUGAAGAGGAGAUCCAGCAGGUGGUGGAGGUCAUCCAGAACUCCACGGCAAGGGUGAUCGUUGUUUUCUCCAGUGGCCCAGACCUGGAACCCCUCAUCAAAGAGAUCGUCAGGCGGAACAUUACUGGCAAGAUCUGGCUGGCAAGCGAGGCCUGGGCCAGCUCUUCCCUGAUAGCCAUGCCGGAGUUCUUCCGCGUCAUUGGCAGCACCAUUGGGUUUGCACUGAAGGCAGGACAGAUCCCAGGCUUUCGCGAGUUCCUGCAGAAGGUGCAUCCCAAGAAGUCCACCAACAAUGGCUUUGCCAAGGAGUUUUGGGAGGAGACAUUUAACUGCUAUCUCCCCGAUGAGUCCAAAAAUUCUCCAGCUUCAGCUUCUUUCCACAAGGGCCAUGAAGAGGGACUGGGAGCUGGAAAUGGAACGGCUGCCUUCCGACCUCCAUGCACAGGGGAUGAGAACAUCACCAGUGUGGAGACACCAUACAUGGACUACACACAUUUGCGGAUAUCCUAUAAUGUGUAUUUGGCAGUCUAUUCUAUUGCCCAUGCCUUGCAGGAUAUAUAUACCUGUACCCCUGGGAAAGGACUUUUCACUAAUGGAUCCUGUGCAGACAUUAAGAAGGUUGAGGCAUGGCAGGUUCUCAAGCAUCUGCGACACUUAAAUUUCACCAAUAACAUGGGGGAGCAAGUGGAUUUUGAUGAGUUUGGGGACCUGGUAGGGAAUUACUCAAUAAUCAAUUGGCAUCUGUCUCCAGAGGAUGGUUCAGUCGUCUUUGAAGAGGUUGGGCACUACAAUGUUUAUGCCAAGAAAGGGGAGAGGCUCUUUAUUAAUGAAAACAAGAUCCUGUGGAGUGGAUUCUCUAAGGAG